CUAAAAUACAUGUUUACAGAUAGUAUCUGUAAGAAGUGCAGUUAGUGCCUUAAAAAAAACCCCCGUAGGGCCUUAGCGCAGGACUCAAGGUCACCAUAACACCUAGUCUGCUCAUUACCUAGGUAACAUUAGUGUGGUGUGCUGUUCUGAUAAAGUAUAUGACCUCCUCCCUCGUGAAUAUUAAAAUCAUGUUGUAGUGAUAUGCUGGUGUACUACAGCUCGGGACGUACAUAAAAGGGCUUCGGCGUUGUUACACAGACAUUGCGGUAUCCCAAGCCUAGUUUGUUUGGAAAUUGGUCUCUCGAUCUCCAAUAGAGUAUCUCUUUGGGCGACAUGGCUUUCACAGUCGGUCUCUGGAGCUACCUUGCUCUCAGCAUUAAAUUCCAAAAUGUAUUCGCGAUUCCUAUUGAAUGCAGCCGGAAUGAGCUCCGCAUGAACCAAGUCCAAGUAGUCGGCACCCACAACAGCUAUCACAUCGAGCCAACCUAUGCCGAGCGGCCACUUAUCGAGAAGUUCGUGGGUCUGAGCACUGCUCAAGAUCUGUAUUACUCGCAUGCUUCAAUCUCAGACCAGCUCACCUAUCAAUCGAUCCGUGGUUUCGAAUUUGAUCUGUUCGCUGAUUCGAAGGGUGGAAUGUAUGCCACCCCGCUUGCAAGGAAUCUUUCCAAGUUGCCGUAUCCGGAUAUCCCUGCGCUAAAGCUUCCCGGGACGAAAGUUCUGCAUAUUGCUGAUGUUGAUGUGAACUCACAAUGCUUCACAUUUAUCGACUGCCUCCAACAAGUCCGAACCUGGUCCAAAGCCAACAAAGGUCACACACUAAUCCCCAUCAUGCUCGAAUUCAAAAACCAAGAGCCUGUCAUCGCAUCUCUGGGUGGUGCCCCAGGUGAGCCAUGGAAUGCCACCAACAUCCCCACAGUCGACGCCGAGAUCCGCUCAGUCUUCAAGGACGACGAAAUAAUCACCCCAGACGAUGUCCGUAAGCCGGGUCUCACACUCGAGCAAUCCGUUCUCCAGCACGGCUGGCCCACUCACAAAUACGCCAAGAACAAAGUCAUCUUCCUCAUGGACAAUGAACCAUCUCCUGGCCUCAUUCGCAAUCCUUAUCGAGCGAAUGGACACGAGAAUCUCGAAGGUCGUGCAAUAUUCACGAAUUCCGUUCCGGGGGAGUCCGAUGGCGCGUUUCUGAAGCGGAACGAUCCGACGGGGGACAAUUUGAAGCUUAUCCAAGAUCUUGUGAAGAAAGGAUAUCUCGUGAGAACGAGAAGCGAUGAGCCGAUCAAGACCGUGCUAGAAAAUAGCUUUGUGAUGAGGGAUGCGGCGUUGGCAAGUGGUGCACAACUGAUAUCGACAGAUUUCCCGGCUGUUGGGAUGGCGGCGAGGUAUAACAGCAGCUUCGUGGCGAGGUUUGAGGGUGGCAAGACGGUUCAAUGUAAUCCUUUGAUUGGGGGAAAGAGGUGUAAGGGUGAGAAGCUGGAGAGAUUGGAGAAGCAAAGACGAGACUUGUGAAUUGGUGAAGAGCUAAUUGGGAGGUGGACUUUUUUGAAUCAAUUGUCACUUUUACGGCUGAGCUUUGUCAUAAUCACAGUGCGCUAUUAAGAAGAUGACCGAUUUAAUAUCUAAUGAGAAUUCGAACUCGUCCAAGAAUGAAGUCGUCCUGAUUUUAAGCCGAGCAGGAGAUUCCGAGAACACAGCUUCUGAUCCAGGCGUUGUAAACAUGAUGGGAUAGGAACUGAAGUUGUGCAUACUGUCUAAUAAUUUGACGAGAACAAAGGGAGAAGGAAUGGUCGGCAUUGAAGGUUUCAUGGAUUACUUCUUGAAGGUUUUAAUGGCUAGAGUCCUGAAAUUUUGUUUUCUGUCCAUCACUUUCUUAAUAGGUAGAAAC